CACCGAGGAGGGUGGUGAUGCCAGACGCCUACUGGGGGCGGACCGCGCGGCCAGCUGCCUCUCUCUGCUCCUCGGGCACCGGGUCCCCUGCCCUCACCUACUCUCCGGGGGAUAGCUGCCUCUCGCUGUCGGCCAUGCGGUGGCUGUGGCCACUGGCCGUCUUCCUCGCGGUGAUGUCCUCGGCUGCGGGGCUGAGCGGCGUCCCUGGGGCCGCCCCCCGGCACCCCGGGAGGCUCCCGGCCGGGGCCCUGGACCAGAGGAGCCGGCCCAGGAGAGGCACUGAGGACGAGGAGGCCAGGGGGGUGCAGAAGUACGUGCCCGAGGCCUGGGCUGAGUUCCCCCGGCCCAUCCGCCCUGCUGGCCCGCAGCCCACCGAGCCCCGGGCGGCCACCAGCCCCCGCCCGGAUGACACCGGGGACGCCCCAGGCAGCGGGCCAGAGCCGGGGGGCCCUCCGACAGGGGUGCCCGGCCAGCGGCUGCAGAUGCAGAACCCCCUGUACCCGGUGACCGAGAACUCCUACGGCGCCUACGCCAUCCUGCUGCUGGCCCUGGUGGUGUUCGCCGUGGGCAUCGUGGGCAACCUGGCAGUCAUGUGCGUGGUGGGGCACAGCUACUACCUGAAGAGCGCCUGGAACGCCAUCCUGGCCAGCCUGGCGCUCUGGGACUUCCUGGUCCUCUUCUUCUGCCUGCCCGUUGUCAUCUUCAACGAGCUCUCCAAGCAGCGGCUGCUGGGGGACGCAUCCUGCCGGGCCGUGCCCUUCUUGGAGGUCUCCUCUCUGGGGGUCACCACCUUCAGCCUCUGCGCCCUGGGCAUCGACCGCUUCCACGCGGCCACCAGCACGCUGCCCAAGGUGCGGCCCGUCGAGCGGUGCCAGUCCAUCCUGGCCAAGCUGGCCGUCAUCUGGGUGGGCUCCAUGACGCUGGCCGUGCCCGAGCUCCUGCUGUGGCAGCUGGCGCAGGAGCCCGCCCCGGCCCCCGCCGGCGGCACCGUGGACGCCUGCGUCAUGCGCCCCUCGGCCGGCCUGCCCGAGUCCCUCUACUCGCUGGUGCUGACCUACCAGCACGCCCGCAUGUGGUGGUCCUUCGGCUGCUACUUCUGCCUGCCCAUCCUCUUCACCGUCACCUGCCAGCUGGUGACCUGGCGCGUGCGGGGCUGCCCCCCCGGGGGGCGGAGGCCCGCGGCGUGCCAGGCGGCGGCGGGCAAGCACGGGCAGUGCGAGAGCCAGCUCAACGCCACGGUGGUGGGGCUGACCGUGGUCUACGCCCUGUGCACGCUGCCCGAGAACGUCUGCAACCUCGUGCGGGCCUACCUGGCCGCCGAGCUGAGCCGCCAGACCCUGGGCCUGCUGGGCCUGGUCAACCAGUUCUCCGCCUUCUUCAAGGGCGCCGUGACGCCCGUGCUGCUGCUGUGCGUGUCGCGGCCGCUGGGCCGGGCCUUCCUGGACUGCUGCUGCUGCUGCUGCGAGGAGUGCGGGGGCCCCGCGGACGCCCCGGCCGCCCCCGGCGCGGACGGCAAGCUCAAGACGGAGAUGUCCUCCUCCAUCUACUUCCACAAGCCCAGGGAGUCGCCCCCGCUCCUGCCCCUGGGCACGCCCUGCUGAGGCCGGGCCCUCCCGGGAGGCCUGCGAGGGGCCAGGGGCAGCCUGGCCAUUCGGCGUCUCUGUCCCCACGGGUCCGGCUUGGAUGGCCCGGCCGCCUUGCUGUCCGGAGGGCGGACUGGGGACCUGGCGUGGAGGAUCCGGGCGCCUCCCCACGCAGGGUUUUCCUGUCGCAGCCGGUGGCGGACUGUGAUGCUUGUAGAUCCUUAGAAACCGCCCCAAACUCUCAGUCCCCCCAGCUGGGAGCCUGAGCUCAGCUGGUCCCAGCCCCGCCCCUGCCAGGUGUGCCCUCCCUGAGCCCCCUCUCCGUGCCCCCACCCAUCCCGGAAUUGGGGGCUCUUUGGGGACCAGCCUGACUUGGCUCUUCUCUGGACCCGAUUCGUCCCAACCUGGACCCUCCCUCCUCCCCCUCCUCCUCCUCCUCCUC